AAAGGUGUCCCGUCUUUCCCUAUACCAAACUACGUAACUAUUCAAAACAGUUUUGUGCAUUUAGCCAAAAUGGAUGCCGUUAUUAGAAAGUUUACUGUUGGUGAUUACGUAGUUUUCGCCGUCAUGUUGGCGAUAUCUACAUUCAUUGGAUUAUACUUUGCAAUUCGGGAUCGUGGAAAGAAAAACACCGAAGAAUAUUUGCUUGCUGGAAGGUCAAUGGGACCCUUGCCAGUGGCGUUUUCACUCUCCGUAAGCUUUAUGUCGGCAAUCUUAGUCCUUGGCACACCGGUUGAAGUAUAUAGGUUUGGUACAAUGUAUGCUUGGUUUAUUAUUGGAAUGCUCUUUGCGGUGAUAAUAACAUCAGAAGUAUUUAUUCCUGUGUUUUAUAACAUGGGGCUUACGACCGUAUACGAGUAUCUUGAAAAAAGGUUCAACAGAGCCGUGCGCCUCACCGCGACUUUCUUGUUCAUGGUCCAGACAAUACUGUACGGUGGGAUCGUCAUUUAUGCUCCGUCUCUUGCUCUAAGUAGUGUAACUGGUUUUAACUUGUGGGCAUCUGUCGUAUCAACUGGAGCCGUGUGCAUCUUAUACAGCUGUUUGGGUGGAUUAAAAGGAGUUAUAUGGACUGACGCAUUGCAAGCUGUAAUAAUGCUACUUGGAUUCAUAUCAGUAAUUAUCCAAGGCUCCAUAAAACUUGGUGGAUUUCAAAAUGUCUGGAAACUAAAUACAGAAGGCGGAAGAAUACAGUUUAUAAAUUUUAAUUUAGAUCCUCGUGUCCGAAAUAGCGCUUGGCCUCCUCUUAUUGGUGGAACAAUUUUCAUUACCGGUUUAUACGCAGUAAAUCAAUCGCAAGUACAACGAUAUCUUUCAUGCAGGUCUUCAAGAGUUGCCAAAAAAGCUGUACUUUUAAAUUGGAUCGGUUUGUUGUUUCUCAACGGUCUUGCAAUCAUGACUGGCAUUGUUCUUUAUGCUUACCUCAAAGAUUGUGACCCUUUGACCACAGGACAAGUUAAAAUUAAAGACGCGCUUCUUCCGUUUAUGGUCCUUGAAAUAUUCAAAGAUUCGCCCGGAAUGUCUGGUGUUUUUAUUUCAAGCGUAUUCUCUGGAAGCCUCAGCACCGUCUCUACCGCAAUCACUGCACUGGCAAGCGUCACCGUCCACGACUUUCUAAAACCGAUAUUUCCAUGGUCGGAAAAGACUUACGCUUACAUAUCUAUGGGUUUGGUAAUAUUUUUCGGUCUUCUUUUAAUGCUGUUUGCUUAUCUUGCCUCCAAACUUGGAGCAAUACUUCAAGCUGCUAUCAGUAUUAUUGGUUUAUUAUGUGGACCAGUUGUUGGACUCUUUACACUUGGUGUUCUGUUUCCUUUCGCAAAUUCAGCGGGCUCAUUGUUUGGUCUUUUCGUUGGAAUAGCUAUGAACGUCUGGGUGUUUGUUGGCAGCAAAUCAUAUCCACCGCCAGCGAAAUUCGCCGAUGCGCUUCCACUGAGCUGUGCAGUGAGUUCCAACUUGGUAGCAAACUCUUCACAAGCCAUGACGACGACAGCGUUUGGACAAUUAAUUAAUACAACAACUUUAAGUCCUGUUCUUGCAACGACACGUCCUCCAGUUGCUGAUUUGUAUGCUAUGUCAUACAUGUACUACAGCGCUUUUGGCUUUUGCUUUGUAGUUCUUGUCGGAGUGAUCGUCAGUUUAGCAACAGGUGGUUAUAAAACUCGCAAAGAAGUUGACCCAAGGUUAAUUUACCGAUUCUUUGAUCAUUGGUUGUUUAAGUGGAUUCCUGAGAAAGUUCGAAGAAUGUUGUGGUGUGGAGCGGAUCAUGACAUAAUAAAACAACAAACAGAAAAGGUAUCCCACAUUGAAGGGAAAAUAAACCCCCGGUUUCAAGAUGACAAAGUUUAAAGUUUAUCUUUAAAGAAGAAAAUACGAUGAUAUUCGCUUACUAAUGCUUUUAUGAAUAGCGAAAAAAGAAUAGAGUGGGGCAAGACGGGACACUGAGCACAUGUUGCUCAAUAUUUUCAAAUCAAAAUAUUUUAAAAUAAAUGUUUAAACUUUAAAAAAAUGAAAAACAUGUUCAAACUUAAUUGGCAAGUUAUUAAUGAUUCGUUUUAUUGUGUGACUCCGAGUAGGCCUA